CUCUUGACAUUUAGGACAGCGUCAAGCCGCUCAUCUUCGGCAGUUGAUGACGUCAGAGUUCAAAGAUCACCUCCGCAUCUCAGACGAAGUCUUCCUGAUGAACUGUAAGGAGACCAGAACAGCUGAGAUGGACCGGCUCAAGAAACUGCUGGCCACGAUGAAGAUUAAUAUGUCAGAGCACCAGCGCCAAAUGCCCAAACUGUGCGCCGAAAUCUCCAAACAGCUGUCCAGCUGGUGUAAGAAGAAGUGCAGCCCAAAGUGUCCGGUACUGAGGUGGCCAGGCUACGUGGACGCAGUCAAAGAGAUCGACCCGCAUGUGGAGGAGGACUUUCUCAGGAAGUCUACAAGAUUUCUGGACCAUCUGGGGGAGGUUAUCUUCAACAGUCCGGGUACUUCUGAUCCCAUCAUUGUCCUGAAGCCCAACUGGCUCUGCACUGACGUCAUCGGUCCAAUGAUGGCACCAGUCAACUUCCCCAUUCCCCGCCCGGAGAGAACAAGCGAAGACUACGUCACCAGGGCGGAGAUCCAGCGCGUCUUCCAAGACGUUGCUGACGUGGAUCUCCUCAUCACCCUGCUGCAAGAGUUCCAGCUCUGCCACACCUAUGACGGACAGACCUUCAUCUUCCCAGGGCUGCUGACACAAACCAUGCCUCCUGACAAGUGGCAACCAACACCCGAGCCAAAGGUGGUCUACUUUGGGAAGCAAGUCCAGUGUGCCGGCUCAACUGACAUGUUCUCCUCCGGGUUCUUUCCCCGAGUGCAGACCCACCUGAUGAGGGAGCUGGAGAAUCGCCCGCUGCUAUGGAGGGAUGGCGCAAAAUGUUGGGACUUUGAUGUGGAAGGUCUGAUCAAACUCUCUCCGGACGGCCGUGCAGUCAACAUCUGUGUCCGGAGUGCGCAGGGUGACAAGGUGCAGUGUGGCAAGAUGCUGCAGCAGCUGGAGAACAUCAUCGCUGAUGUGCUGGAUGAGUGCAGCCCAGGAACAGGCACAGUUGAGAAGGUGCUCAGCGCUCGUGCACUUAAGGAACACAGGGAGGAAUUCUACUCCUAUGGCAAGGAAGAGAUCAGCAAAGCAGAGGGCGGUACAAUCUCCCAUCCCACCCUCGGGUUCAAGGAACAGGUCAGUGACCUGCUGUGCGAGCAGACCCCGCUCACCAGGAACCGCCCAGAGCUGGUCCAGGCCUUGCGGCACGUGGAGCCAAUCCUGGACCACCUGCAGGCACGUGACAUCCUUACUGUGGAGGAGUGUGACGUCAUCAGGGCCAACAGCACGCCCCAGGAUCGCGCACGCGGGCUGUUGGACACUGUGGGGACGAAGGGAGAAGACGCGCUUCAGGUGUUCCAGUCAGUCCUGGGGGAGGUUGAGCCACGAGCAGCAGACUUGCUGAUGUCCUCACAGCGGACCGAUGAGCUACAGGACCAGGAGGCCCAGCUGACCAGACACCGCCCUGAGCUGGUGCAGGCCCUGCGGCACGUGGAGCCGCUCCUGGACCAUCUGCAGGCGAUGGCGGUCCUCAGCACGGAGGAGUGUGACGUCAUCAGGGUCAAAGGUACGCCCCAGGACCGCGCACGCGCACUGCUGGACACCGUGGGAGCAAAGCCUGGAGAUGCACGUCAGGUGUUCAAGGCCGUCCUGGAGGAGGUGAACCCGGAGGCUGCGGAAAUGAUGCAGUAAACUUGGCCUUGAAGUCCCCGUACUUGUUGGUCAUUCACGGCUGCAUUUGUGUAUGGCACAUAUCACGGAGAGAUUGGGGUUAAAUGAUGACACGUGCACGUUCAGUUCCUGGAACUUGACAUUGAUUUUUAAAUCUUUGUUAAUAUCGGUAAUAAUAACCAAUUUUUAGCAAGGCCCUAAAAUAGUGAAGUUGUGAUGGGAAAUGGAUCUACCAAAGAUAACCAAGCUUUGCAGUUAACAAACUGAUUCUUUUGAAACCUCAUUCUUUCCGUGGAUGACUAGAGGGCAGCUUCUGAACAUCUUCAGAACUAAUGUGUAAAUCUGGUAGCAAUAAUUUGAAUAGGGUGCUACAUUCCUAGUGGGACUUGUAAUCAAUGUACAUGUACAUUGAUUUUCACCUACGAUGUUAUCUAUUACAUUGCAAAAACGUAUUCUAGAAUCUGCAGUCUCCCUGUCGCUGAAUAAUUUGGUCACAAAGGAUGACAUUUUGAGGCCGAUCUAAUGUUGAUCGAUGUACCUUCAGAGCGAGACAAGAGUGGAACACACUUUAUAAAACACUACUAUUAAAUUGAUGAGAUUAUUGCUUAUAUCUUGCAUUACUUCAGGUGGCCAUGUUUUUGGAACCGAAGUUGGACACAAUAAACUCAUGAUAUUCAGACUGUUUUUCUUGGGUUACGUGCAAGACAAGAUCAGAUAUAAUCUGUGUACAAUCUCUCGUCCAGGCCACACUGUCUUAAAUGCGUUGUUGUCACCAGGGGGGAGCUGGAUUUACAGAGGAUAGAAAAAAUCUUGGGCUGAACUAACUCCUGGUGAAGACCAAUAGAUUGUGUUAACAACCUACAAACAUCAUUCUCCAAGUAGAGGUUUCCAGGGAUGGUGGUACCUAGGAUUGCUCCUUGCUUCCCCCCUUACCAUUCAAAAGGCAUGUUCAAAGCGUACCAGCCCCAACCGAAACCUCUGAUUGGAGAAUGCUACAUAUUGUAAACAAAACUAACCACCAGUCAGAAGUGAUGAGACAAAGCAAGCCUUGGUGUUGGUCCGUGUUUAUUACAAAACAACUGGUGUGAAGUCUUCAAUAGGUACAUGUUCUAUGGCUGGAGGUAUGUCCUCACUAUGGUCACCUGGUACAUGUAUGACAAGGUAUGUUAUCACUAUGGUUACCCAUUGCUAUGGUAACCUGCUCAGGCAACCUGAAGCAGCACAGCAGGCGAGAGCAAGGUCAAUUUUUAUACUUGACAGUAAAAACGAGCAGUAGCCUGGAGGUUCCCAGAGGCUCCAGUACUGUAACAGUUGUUUUUCGGUGUGACUAGGGUGGGGUGGUUGGAGUUCUGUAUGAGUAUGUUUUUAAGCUAAGACAGUUGGGGGCGUUUUGGGGAGCAUGCCCGCCUGCUGGCUGCUCCAGGCUUAGUCAGCAGAAAAGCAGUCAUUGUACACAGAAAUGUACAGUGAACAGAACCAUCUGGAAUGGGAAACAGAAUCCUUUUAUCUAAAGACUACGUCACGCCAGCUCUCAUGGACCAAUUCUUACAGCUACACCGGAUUAAAACACUCAAAUUAAAAGAUAAAGCCACACCAUUUAUAAUCUGAUUAAAACACAAUCUGCAGCCGAGAGUCUCAUUGUAACCAAGGUUAGUAAAGGCUGCUCCAGGAGAGGGGGAGGGGGGCGUCUGGUGAACAGUUAAACCCUAGAGUUAACAGAACACAGCUUUUCACCUACAGAGAGAAGAUGGUCGGGUGCACAAGCAAGUUACAAAAAUUAAUCUAACUUGUACAGUCUCAAACUCUAACAUUAACCACAGUUUCUGCCUUGCUGAUGCGCACAAAAGAAUCUCUCUGGUUUUCGUUAAGAACUGUGCUACACCACUUUACACCCAAACCACUGCCAAGGUCACAGAUAAAACUGUGUUCUGCUACCUGAAAACCGUAACUGUCCCCCAGACCACACCCUGCCCAGCUGCCCUGGAGUAGGCAUGAUUUUUCAUUUCUGAUGAGACGAGAAGUAAGAAAAUCUUUGGUGUGGCCGCACGGCUAGCAGCAGUCUUCUACACAGACUUCUGCAGCAAAUAAAAAACCUUAGCACUUCGACACACACUUCUACCAGUCAUUCACACUUCCACCAGUUUCGGAAGCUCUGCUGUUUGCUACAUUGUACAGUUUGACACAUUUCGGCAGCAACAUUUACCCCCCGAUACAGCAGCGAAUUGUCAGCAAAUUCAUUGGGGACAUCCUGUAUUUUCCACACUCAG